CGGCGCCGUCGGAGCGAGGACCUGGAAGAAAGACUUUGUCUUGGAGCUAACUCGAGCAUUUUGAGAUCAUUCAUCAUGAAGUAUGUAGUACAGGAAUGGCUCAGAGUAACUACCUUGCUAUUCAUAGCUCAAGCAGUUUCUGCAAUGGUCCUCUCCAAUGCAACGGUCUUAGAGGAACUUUUGGAAAAAUACAUGGAUGAAGAUGGUGAGUGGUGGAUCGCCAAGCAGAGAGGGAAAAGGGCUAUCACAGACAGUGAUAUGCAGAGUAUCUUGGAUCUUCAUAAUAAAUUACGGGGUCAGGUGUAUCCACCAGCUUCCAAUAUGGAAUAUAUGGUAUGGGAUACAGAACUGGAGAGAUCUGCAGAAUCCUGGGCUGAAACCUGUCUGUGGGAACAUGGGCCCGCAAGCCUUCUUCCAUCAAUUGGACAAAAUUUGGGCGCACACUGGGGAAGGUAUAGACCUCCAACAUUUCAUGUGCAAGCAUGGUAUGAUGAAGUGAGAGAUUUCACUUAUCCACAUCCUCAUGAGUGCAACCCAUACUGUCCUUACAAAUGUUCGGGUCCUGUCUGUACACAUUACACACAGGUUGUUUGGGCUACAAGUAGCAGAAUAGGUUGUGCAAUUAAUUUGUGUCAUAACAUGAACAUCUGGGGACAGAUUUGGCCAAAAGCAGUCUAUCUUGUGUGCAAUUAUUCUCCUAAGGGCAACUGGUGGGGUCAUGCUCCUUACAAACCUGGACGUCCCUGUUCGGCUUGUCCCCCUAGUUUUGGAGGAGGUUGCAGAGAAAAUCUUUGUUACAGGGAGGGUACGGAAUGGACCUAUUCCUCCAGUGAACCAGAAGAGGAAACCAAUGAGAUUGAGCGGCAGCGAUCCAAAGCUCAGGAUGCAACAGCACAAAGCCGGCCAAGGACUCACUCACCUUCAGGUUCCACAGGCAGUAAUGACAGUGAGAAAAAUGAAGUAAUAAGUACACAGCAAAUGUCUCAGAUUGUUUCAUGUGAAGUAAGGCUAAGAGAUCAGUGCAAAGGAACAACUUGCAAUAGGUAUGAAUGUCCUGCUGGCUGUUUGGAGAGCAAAGCCAAAGUCAUUGGAAGUGUACAUUAUGAAAUGCAAUCCAGUAUUUGUAAAGCUGCCAUCCAUUAUGGCAUCCUAGACAAUGAAGGUGGUUGGGUUGAUGUCACUAGGCAGGGAAGGAAAAAUUACUUUAUCAAAUCUUAUAGAAAUGGCAUUCAGUCAAUUGGAAAAUACCAGUCUGCUAAUUCCUUCACAGUCUCUAAAGUAACAGUUCAAGCUAUCACCUGUGAAACAACAGGGGAACAGUUGUGCCCAUUUCAAAAACCAGCCUCACACUGUCCAAGGGUCUAUUGUCCUCACAACUGUAUGCAGGCAAAUCCACACUAUGCUCGUGUGAUAGGAUCACGAAUUUAUUCUGAUAUGUCCAGUAUCUGCCGGGCAGCAGUACAUGCUGGUGUUGUCCGCAACCAAGGUGGUUAUGUUGACGUUAUGCCAGUAGACAAACGAAAGGUGUACAUUGCUUCCUUUCAAAAUGGGAUAUUUUCAGAAAGUUUACAGAAUCCUCCAGGAAGCAAGGCUUUCAGAGUAUUUGCUGUUGUGUGA